AUGCUCUUAGCAAUAUAUCAAAGUGAUAUGGAGGUAUGGUUGAGGGGUUUCUGUGUAAUUUAUCCAUCAAUUCUACUGUCACCUCUUCAAGUCGAAAGUGUUCAAUCCCUAACUUCGUCGGUACCGAAGACGAAGAAAGGGCGAAAACCAGAAACCGCCAUUGGAACAGUAUUCACAAUCCCAGGGUAACCCUCGGGGAAGGAGCAAUAAGAGGGCGUUGGCAAGGUCCUAAUCUAGCCAAAUAUCCAUCUACAGCAGUCCUAGCCAAAUAUCCAAAUACGGCAGUCCUACAGGGUGCUUACUGCCUAGGUCCUUCCCCCAUAAGGACUGGAAGGGGGACGCAGGUAUGUAUUGUUUGGGGCGUCAAGUGUUUUGGGGGAAAGGAAAUGAAAGCACAACUUGGUGAUAUAACGAUUCACGAAAUUCCUAUCUGCUUAGGAAAUGGGAAGCUCAAGGUCAUUGAGUUUCACGGUGACUAAUGGAUUUCCUAGGCCAUUGUUCCAAGAAUUUUUCUAUCAGGUGAACAAAUGGUACCACGGUUUAGUCAUUUUCUUUCAUUUGUUUCUUCAAUAUGUAUACUUAAAUACCAACAUUAGUACUUGACAUAAUGGACCGGAAAAUGCUGAUCUGCCAAAUCAAGGAGGUGGAACCGCUUGUCCUACCCAUGAAUGACAGUUCCCUUCCAGGAGGAGGAGGCAAGUCUAGAUGAGCAUAUGCAUAUCAUGUGCUGUAAGUUUCUGCAGAUACUCAUCACAAAGUGUGUUUGUGUGGGUCGGUGCUAACAUUACAUCUGGUAUGGUCAUGAACCCUAAAGCCAGGGAGUAGUUUUCAGGUGUUGUCAAGGAACAUUAUUGUACAUGUGACAUAAAGCUGACUUCCAUGGAUUCCAAAGUGAAUAAAAAUAUGAUUUUGAAAUUCAGCAAUUUGUUACUUGGAGCAUGGUAUAUUUUGAGACAUACGUAUUGGAGCAAGUAU